AUGGAUAAAAAGGAUGACCCGAAGGACCCCGGAUUCGGGGAGGUGAAGAAGGAGAAGCCGUUAAACAGUAAGAUCAGGUACUUGAGGUACACUGGAGCCAUGAAAGCUGAAGUGUUGAAGGGUUUGAUUGCUGGAGGGAUCAAAGCUGAAAAGUUGAAGACUUUUAUAAAUUGGAGCAUCAAAGACCAGAAGCUAAAGGGUUUGGUGAUUUCUAGGACACGACUGGAGCGGCUGAAAUUGUGGGCGGCACGAGCCACAACCGUGCUGCUACUAUGGGCUAUAGCAAUGCAGCUCAAGGCAUUGGGAGAGAACUUGCUGCCGCGGAUAUCUAAAAGCUCUUUUCCACCUCAAAGGGUUUAUGAGAACAAUGGAUAUUUGAUGGUUUCAUCCAAUGGAGGACUAAAUCAGAUGCGAUCUGGUAUAUGUGACAUGGUAGCUAUUGCAAGAUAUAUGAAUGUCACGCUUAUAGUUCCUGAGUUGGAUAACACCUCCUUCUGGAACGACCGCAGUCAAUUUGAAGACAUAUUUGAUGUGGAUUAUUUCAUUGCAUCAUUGAGAGACGAGGUUCGGAUAUUGAAAGAAUUGCCUCCUGAGCAGAAGAAAAAAGUGGAAUUAGAAUCCCUUUAUUCCAUGCCCCCCAUUAGUUGGUCUAAAAUGACAUACUACUAUAACACGAUCAUUCCUCGCAUGAAAACAUACGAAAUUGUGCACUUCACUAAAACUGAUGCUAGGCUUGCCAAUAAUGGGAUUCCUGAAGAGGUUCAAAAGCUCCGGUGCCGAGCAAACUACCAAGCUCUGAGAUUUGCUCGUCCAAUUGAGGAGCUUGGCAAGAAAAUCGUUCGGAUUCUCAGGGAAAGAGGCCCUUUCUUGGUCCUUCAUCUCAGAUAUGAAAUGGACAUGGUAGCAUUCUCUGGCUGUACUGAAGGUUGCAAUGAAGAAGAGAUUGAAGAGACCACCAAAAUGAGAUAUGCAUACCCCUGGUGGAAAGAGAAGGAAAUAGAUUCAGAGAAGAAAAGGAAAGCAGGAUUGUGCCCUUUAACACCUGAAGAAACUGCACUAGCGUUGAGGGCACUUGACAUUGAUCCUAAUAUCCAAGUCUAUAUUGCUGCUGGAGACAUAUACAGGGCUGAGAGGAGAAUGGCACCUCUGAAAGAAGCUUUCCCAAACUUGGUGAAAAAGGAGACAUUGGUGGAAGCAUCAGAUCUUGUGCCCUUCCAAAACCAUUCAAACCAAAUGGCAGCAUUGGAUUAUUAUGUGGCGAUAGAAAGUGACAUUUUUGUGCCUACAUAUGGAGGCAACAUGGCAAAAGUACUGGAAGGGCACAGAAGAUACUUGGGGUACAAGAAAACCAUUCUUCUAGACAGAAGGGCUCUGGUUGAUCUGAUAGACCAGUACAACAAUGGAACUCUGAGCUGGAACCAAUUCUCAGUUAGAGUGAAGGUUGCUCAUGCCGACCGCAUUGGAAACCCUACUACAAGAUUGGAGGUUCCAGGAAAACCCAAAGAAGAAGAUUACUUCUAUACAAACCCUCAGGAGUGUUUGCUAUGA